UCAACAUGGCGGCCUCAAAACUUGAUGAUGAGGUUGAUCGUUUUUUCACCGCAUAUUCGUCGAGGUCUUUAGGAUUUAUUAGAAAUUUGUAACGGCACCAGUUUGAAAUGUCCUGGGUUUUUGUGACGUCUAAAGUCAAUGGCCAAAAAGCAAGGAAGUAUUUUGAAGACAGAGGACUGUAUGAUAAAGAGCGGAAAGUGACAAAGUCUUCCACAAAUGAAGUAAUGAUUCCUUUACAACAAGAGCCAGCUGAAAAACUCAAUGAACAGUCAGGAAAAAGUGAUACAUCAUGGCUUGUUCCAUUUGAGGGGAGGGUUGAAUGCAUAGAUGCUGAUAAAUUGAUUGUAAGACUGGGUAGAUUGUCUCCUCAAGAGAAGUUGAAGAUUGCUUUAGACAAUUUAUUAUACAUGAAUGGUAGAACAUUUGAUGGGUUGUUACCAGAUGAUAUACCAUCACAUUGGGAGCAGCAUGGAGACCUUAUUCUAUUGCCAGAGAACAGUUUCACUUCAGAAAAAUGGAGAGACUUUGAUGGUGAAUUAUGGAGAACUGUUGCAAAAAGUCUUGGUGUCACAAGACUUGCCAAGAAAUCAGCUAUAUGUAGGGAUGGUUUCAGAACCCCCAAAGUCACUAUGCUUCUGGGUGAGAAUGGAUGGGUGACUCACACUGAUAAUGGCAUUAAAUACACCUUUGAUGUCACAAAGUGCAUGUUCUCUUCAGGAAAUAUUACAGAAAAGAUCCGAGUUGGAAAUUUUGACUGUUCUGGUCAAACUGUUGUUGAUCUUUAUGCUGGAAUUGGUUAUUUUGUCCUGCCCUAUCUUGUUCAUGCUAAAGCAGCCAUGGUUCAUGCUUGUGAGUGGAAUGAAAAUGCUGUAGAGGCUUUGAGAAGAAACUUGAAAUUGAAUGGUGUUGAUAAACAAUGUGUCAUUCAUGAGGGAGAUAAUCUGAAGUUUCCUCUUCGAGGAGUAGCAGACCAUGUCAACUUGGGCCUUAUCCCCUCUAGUGAGGCUGGAUGGCUGGUGGCUUGUGCUGCACUUCGUCUUGAUAGAGGAGGGUGGUUACAUGUUCAUGGAAAUGUCACAUCAAGUAUAAAAGACCAGAAAGGAAUAGUAAAUAGCAAAUUGUCAGAGUCAUUAGCUGGAGAAACCUGUCUGUCUGUAAGUCAAACCAAGAAAGCCAACAUGACAAGCCCACAGAGUACUUUUGAUGACAAUUGUGGUUUUAAUGGAGUAGAACAACCUCCAUCAUUCUGGAAACAAAACCACAUACCCUCCUGCAACAAGAAAGUAAAGCAAGAGUGGCUAGAUUGGGCAAAAUAUGUUGCUCAGACUAUACUGCCUCAUUUAAGGAAAUCACAUGGUAAACAAGAAUGGAAUGUUCAAGUGAGGCACAUUGAACAUGUCAAGUCCUAUGCUCCUCACAUAGAUCAUGUAGUGUUGGAUGUGGAAUGUUGUCCAUCAUGUGAUUAGUAAUCCUGGUGUUCUUAACCCUGGUUGUACAUAAAUCAAGUGCUUCUUUGGUUGGAUCUUAACCAGAAAAUUACUUUCAGGGCAAAAAAACAGAAAUUUAAAGUAAUAUAAUGUAUACACAUCCAAGUUAACGAUUAAUUAAAAUAAUUAUUUAACUAUUAUCAUAUUUAGUUUUCUGCAUACUUUCACUUUCCUUGAAACACAUUAAGAUUGAUGUGAUUGAAAUGAAUGGUAAUUUUGGAGCCAAUAUUGUGAAUCAAAGGGAACAGAACAAAGGAGAUAAUAAGACACCCAUACAUUGAUGUCAUUGUUUUGUAUGAAAAUGUAUUAUUUUUUAAAAUGGUAAAUACAGACAAGCGUAGUAUCCAGGAACAGAACAAGAAUUGUAACAUCCUGCUACAGACCAUCAUUAUUAGAGACUUUUUUUAAUUCCGAGAAUGGAGUCACAGAACCUCUAUUUGACCUUAACAAGCUUAGUUCUUAACAGUUACAGUUAGGCAUAGCUACCUAAAGGUGAUUUGUGAAAGAAAUGUCUUGAAUAACCCUAGAGCUGAACAUCAAAUAA